AUGUUGGAACUAGUGCUGCUGCUGCUACUUCUACCCUCAAUUUCAUGCAGAGCAGAGACCACCAAGUGUGGAAUGAAGGAUCCUCUCCCUGUUCCACAUGAAUGGUUCCAGCCAGGAGAUCUCCUCAUUGGUGAAAUCGCUUCUCAGUUAGUUUACCAUUUGCAUGAAAUAGACUUCAGUCAACAUCCAGCUCAGGAGUUAUACAGGGAUCCAUAUGCAUUGAUAAAAUUUCACCAGCACGUCCUGGCUUUGGUGUUUGCUGUUAAAGAGAUCAACCAAAAUCCCACAUUCUUGCCCAACAUCACUCUCGGGUUCCACAUCUAUGAUAACUUCUAUGAUAUGAAGAUGACCUAUCGUACCACCUUUGGUUUGAUUUAUAAAUUGCAUCAAUAUUUUCCUAACUAUGAAUGUGACGCCCACAAAAAGCUAGUAGCUGUCGUUGGGGGAUUUAGGUUUGAUACCUCUUCCUACAUGUCAGACAUCCUAAGUCUCUACAAGAUUCCACAGGAGCCAGUGGGGCUCAAUGAAACAUGUACUGGCGAAGAGAGGCUGGAGAAUCUUCAUAGUUCCCUUUUUGAAAUGAGCAUGACUGGUCACAGCUACAGCAUUUACAAUGCAGUCUAUGCCAUAGCACAUGCUCUUCGUAUGCUGUACUCAUCCAGAAUCAAUCACAUGGAAAUAGAUAGUGGAAAGAUAAUGGAACUUCAAGAUCUCCAGCCUUGGCAGAUAAUGCCUCUUUCGGUAUGCAAUGAUUACUGCAAACCUGGAAAUUAUAAGAGAAUGAGGGAGGGGGAGAAAUUUUGCUGCUACGAUUGUGUUCCCUGCCCAGAAGGGAAGAUUUCAAGCCAAAGAAACAUGGGCAAUUGCAUCAAAUGCCACAGUGAUCAAUAUCCAAGCAAAAACAAAGACGGAUGCAUCGCCAAGACAUUAAGCUUCUUGUCUUUUGAAGAACCUUUAGGAAUUAGUUUGGCUUCCUUAGCUGUCUCUUUUUCCCUCAUCACAGCCACAGUGCUAGGAAUCUUCAUUAAGCACAAAGACACCCCCAUCGUCAAAGCCAACAACCGAGAGAUCACCUACCUACUUCUCAUCGCUCUCCUGCUCUGCUCCCUCUCUUCUCUGCUAUUCCUUGGCAGACCGAGCAAGGUGACCUGCUUCCUCCGACAGUCUGCUUUCAGCAUCAUCUUCUCAGUGGCUGUUUCUUGUGUGUUGGCCAAAACCAUUACUGUGAUUGUAGCUUUCAUGGCCACCAAACCAGGGUCCAACAUGAGUAAGUGGGUAGGGAAAUGGCUGGCUAACUCCGUUAUCCUUUCGUGUUCCCUUAUUCAAGCAAGCAUUUCUGUGAUGUGGCUGGCAACCUCACCACCUUUUCCUGAUUAUGACACAAUGUCUCUAAUUAAAGAAAUUGUACUGGAAUGUAAUGAGGGGUUUGUCCUAAUGUUCUAUAUUGUUCUGGGCUACAUGGGGCUUCUAUCCCUCAUCAGCUUGAUCGUGGCUUUUUUAGCUAGGAAACUGCCAGAUAGUUUUAAUGAAGCCAAGUUCAUCACUUUCAGCAUGUUGAUCUUUUGUAGUGUUUGGGUCUCUUUUGUUCCAGUCUAUCUGAGCAGCAAAGGGAAAUCCAUGGUGGCCAUGGAGAUCUUUUCUAUUUUGGUAUCCAGUGCUGGGUUAUUAAUUUGUAUAUUUUCACCCAAAUGCUAUAUUAUUGUGUUGAGACCUGAGCUGAACAAGAGAGAGGCACUAAUAAGGAGAAAAACAUAA